UUCAUUUUGUAAACUGUCUCUGUGCCCCGAGGACAUUUCUCCGUCGAAAAACAACAGCAAAAGAUUUAAUUUCAAGGAACUUCCUGGUAAAAAUGAAGGGUAAAGACAAAAACAGAAGGACGAGGGCGGCUGUAAACCAGCGGGGGUGUGAAAAGGAAGAGAAAGGAGACGCGCUUGCGUCGACCAAGCACGAAUAGGAGCUCGUCCCUUUGCUCCUCCUCUUCUAAAACAGGAAGAGCUCAAACACUUGAGCUGGAGAGAGUUUCUCUGGAAAGAAAGCAUGUGGGCUGCAAAAUUGGGGAGCCAGUUGGGCAGGCCAACCCGAUCUGUGGUUGGGUGGUUGGUCAGCAAGAUGUUCAAAACUCGCAACAAGGUUCUUGAGGAGCGUGCCGUUCAGCUGUGUGGGAUCCAACCUGGGGACACGGUGCUGGAGCUUGGUCAUGGCCCGGGUCUGGGUCUGGAGUUAGCAGCCAAACUCCUCACUGCGCCUACAGGUCACAUGAUCGGAGUGGAUUACUCUGACUACAUGCAUCAGAUGGCCAGAGAACGAGUGCAGGAAUUUUUGGAAAGUGGCAAAGUGAGCCUCCAUCACUGUGAUGUCUCAGCCAUGCCUCUGAAGGACAGCAGUGUGGAUAAAGUUUUUCACUGCAACUGCUACUACUUUUGGCCCGACCUCAAGAAAGCAGCCUUAGAAAUCCACCGUGUAAUGAAACCAGGAGGACUUAUUGUCACAACACUGAGGCAUUCCCAUGUAGCUGUUUUAGCAGCUAAGCGAGUGAUGCCAGGGGAGAACUGGCGCCCUGAGGCCUACAUGGCAGCUCUGAGAGACUCUGGCUUCACUGACAUCAGGAUGGAAGACACGCAACACAGAAACAUAACCUUUCAGGCUAUUUAUGCCACGGCAUUAAAGUGAGACAGUGUUUAACUCACGAAUGAAUCAAUCAAUAAGUCAUAUUUGUAACUCUAAAGAAUAAAAGAUAAACCUUUCCUGAAAUAA